UAUAUCGUCACGUCAAGAUGAUUGUGCAUAAUACCGUCACUUUUCAAUAGUAGUUCAGCGUCAUGACAUAACUGGCAGACUGGCGAUACAACACAGACGAGGUGAAACAAUAUUGUGCAACAUUAGUCUGUUCAAAAAUCAUACAUGUUAUGCAUCUGCAACCAUCUAUCAAUGUCUUCUUUGCUAUAUCGGCAGGUCUGCCAUGCAAAUUGAUUAACCACAAAUUCUAAUCACUUUCGUCCGAAUGAUCACUCUCAUUAUGAUCUAGUGAUAUUAAUGGCUCGAACAUGUACGGCUCAACGUUUAAAUAUCCUUCUGUAUCGACCAAAACAUCCUCAAAUUCACUGCUCUCACUCUCUGAACUGUAUGCGGAAGCCAUCUUGCUUUGUUCUGACUGGCCUGAUCUACGUCAUCAAAAAAUCCCUAGCGGCCACAUGUGGAACUAAUCUAAAGUUGUGUGUGGUGGGAAAUUCAAAUAGUUUAAAAUUGAAAAUUGAAAUAACUAAAUAAUGACUUUAUUAUUAGAAUUUUUUUAAUGUCUGGGAUCUUGUUUUUUUAACCCUCAACAUAUUUCAUGAGUAUCAAGCAUGUUUUCAAACCUUGAUAUAUGGCCUUUAAGUGUGAAACCUGACCUCAUGGGAGCGAUGUAUGCAAAACAGAGGUAAAUUUCUUGAUCAAUAUAAAAUACAGAUUGAGAGAGUUUUAGCCAUUGGAUUUCAGAUGUAGUUGCUGUGAGUAUCUUCACUCUAUGUAGAAGGUCAGUUUUAACAAGUACAAAAACGGUUAUAAGCUUGAGUUUUCUUUCUACAAUUUGAAAAGGCUGUAUAACCUUCAAGGGCAAUGACUUCAUGCAAGUCAAAUGUUUAGGCCUAUGUAUCGGCUGGAAGCCAACAAUAUAUCAUUUUAGUUUCCAUGACCUAAAUUAUUUUUAUUAUCUAGAACAGAUCACCUGGUAAUAUUGAUCCAACCACUCAAGGCUCUGCCGCUUCUUUUAUGCCUGUGAGUGCUAGCAGUUCACAUUCGACAUGUGGAAUAGGCUUGUUCAGACCAUGCUGAUUGAAAGACUGUAUGGCAUAGAUAGAAUAGCAAGAAAUUUCAGCAGACCAGAAAGUGGCAUAUUUGGAGCCAUUACCUCGUACCUUCUUAAGAAAGCCAACCUGCCUAUUGAAAGAAAUGCUGUCAAACAUCUUGACGUCCGGCCCAAUCAUACUGUCCUUGAAAUCGGCUUUGGACUCGGUUACGGAAUCCAGCAUGUCCUCGAUAUCAUUAAAGAAGGAGACGGUUCUGUUCAUGGCCUGGACAUCUCAGACGAAAUGGUCGGAAGAACGGCGAGACGCUUCCAAAAGGAAAUCAAGGACAAAAAGGUCAACAUUUGCAUUGGGGACGUGGCAUCCAUGCCUUAUGAAGACAACACAUUUGACAGAGUAUUCCAUACAAGUUCUUACUUCUACUGGCCAGAUAUUGAUGAAGCAGCCAAGGAGAUAUACAGGGUGAUGAGAAAAGACAGCGUCAUGGUUACAAUAGUGGUGCCUGAUAGGCUAAAAAUGGCAGUGAAAAAAGGAGCGCUGAAAUAUGGAGACCCAGAUCAAACACGCUAUAUUGACGCCCUGAGGAACAAUAACUUUGUUGAUCUUCAAGUACAGGAUUUUUAUGACGCAGCGGAUGGCCUGUACCCAUGGUACCAGGCGACUUUUGCCAAUGUGAAGAAGAAAUGAAACAUUCUUUAUUACAUCAUGUUUAGGCAACGCCAAUUUAAUACUUUGGAUAGCGGGCUGCCAACGAACCUAUCCGCCCAAUGUGGGGAAAAAACUUCAUACCACCCAAACCAGUGCCAAAAGUCACGUGUUGACACUAACACAAAUUUUAUAGGGAAAAACAAUUGUCUGGUUCGAAUUUCAUUUAUAGAAAAACUUGAGUUUCAUUUACCCCAUAACAGCAACAAGUAAGUGCCUGUCAUUUUGAUUUUGGUCCCUGUCAUGAACUCUAGUAUUUUAUUUCGCGGACACUAAUUAUUAUCAGAUUCCAUGGAUUUUUGAAAUUGACUCUUGGUUUUUUUAGGUAUUUUAAUUGGCGACUGCAAUGGGGAAUAGAACUAUGAUGGGCACAUAUUUAAUUAUUAUAUAAAAGCCCUGCUCAUAAUUUUAAAGCCCCAACACAUAAUUUAUUCCAAGGUUUAGCUAUUAAAUGUAUGUAAAAGAUGUAGAAGCUGAAUAAAAGUAGGAUAGAAAUAGCAAAUAGUGUUUAGUUCUUCAAAUCGAAUACUGUUUUGGAGCAACUAUAAAUGUAAACAUGUUCCAGUUUGUCAAAUUUCCUGGAAAUGCAUCAGCGCCGCCACAACCAACUCAUUCUUCCUGUGGCAGAAAUUUGUACUAAUGCAUUAACAUAAUCAUUAUUACUUUACUGUCACCACUUGUAAAAUAAUACGCGAGGUUUAAAAAAG